UUAAGAUGGUUACCUACUAGUAUGUUCUCUGUAGUCCAUGCAUAUCCGAUCCUUUAUGCGUCGUAUACCGACUUCAAAAUACGCACACCGACAGCCAAUUCUGUCAGCUGUCUGCUAGGAUUCUCUAGAAGACCCCAUCUGCUCAAUCCGACCCCCCUGCGUGUCGACGCUGAGGCAGGUGGCUGACCAUGGAUAAUGCUGCUCGUGACUGCGGCACAUCUUCUGCCUGUUUACCGCUCCUGGGGAAGUUGCACCCGUUCCGCACUUUGUGUACGGGUUAGUGCACCAAAUGCUCUGCAUACACUGGCAACCCUUCUCGCGGACGAAUUCCGCACCAUCUUGGAACAAUCUGAAAUGAUACCAGUGUUAUCAGCUAUUUAUUCUAUAGGACUUGGACUUGCUGCUACAGUCAUCAAAGCCUGCUGGUAUACCUCAAACUCUUUUCUUCGUAUUAUUGGAGUUGAAGGAGUGUGUUGUGUCAGACUGUUGUGGGCUUCAUGUCAUCGUGCCUGCUACUCCGUAUAUGCGACCCAUAUCUAUACGAAUCCUCUAUCCCUAGUUCUGGUCAUACUGGUAAGCACAGUACUACUAAUGGAAAACGGCUUUCGUAAGCUCAUCAUCAAUUGACUUAUAUCACUCGGGAUGGAAGUUGCCAGCAUAUUACAUGUGAGAGUACUGUCCGGGGAUGCUUCGCUAUAUAUUGGUUUGCAUUCUUCACAAGAUUAAUUUGCGGAUCAUAGUAUUCUUGGCUGUCUCCGCACUGGUCAUUCUCUCUAAAAGCAAUUGCAUUCUUCUUGUACCAGG